ACAUCAACUCCCUUUCCGUCGUGGUGGUGAUCAAUGUCUGCAACGGCCGCCGCAUUUACACCUUGCUUCGCCACCGUAUCUCACCAGAAACCGUCGUCAUCUUCCACCGUUGUUAGUUGCUUUGCAAGGCUGAGCAACAACUCAUCGUCAUCGGCAACUCCUCCUCCUCCUAGCCUCAUCCGUAAUCAGCCGGUUUUUGCCGCUCCGACUCCGAUCAUCACCCCCACUUGGAGAGAAGACAUGGGAACUGAAUCAUACGAGGAGGCAAUUACUGCACUCAAGAAGCUUCUAAGUGAGAAGGGGGAGUUGGCACCUGUGGCUGCUGCAAAAAUCGACCAGAUCACGGCCGAACUUCAAACCCCCGGCUCCAAAUCUGGAUUUGACCCUGUCGAGAGGAUCAAAACAGGUUUUGCCAAAUUCAAGACAGAGAAAUACGAAACAAAUCCAGCCUUGUAUGGGGAACUUGCCAAAGGCCAGAGCCCAAAGUUUAUGGUGUUUGCAUGCUCGGACUCCCGAGUUUGCCCGUCACAUGUGCUGGAUUUCCAACCCGGUGAGGCAUUUGUGGUCCGUAAUGUAGCCAACAUCGUCCCUCCCUUUGACCAGGAAAAGUAUGCCGGAGUAGGAGCUGCUGUUGAGUAUGCAGUUCUGCAUCUCAAGGUGGAGCAGAUAGUAGUAAUUGGGCAUAGCCGUUGUGGUGGGAUCAAGGGUCUGAUGACUUUCCCAGAUAAAGGACCUCACACCACUGAUUUCAUCGAGGACUGGGUGAAAGUCUGUCUCCCUGCAAAGUCAAAGGUGAUAGCAGAGCAUAGUAGUACAUCUGUUGAUGAUCAAUGUGUACAUUGUGAAAAGGAGGCUGUGAAUGUAUCCCUUGCACAUCUUCUGACUUACCCAUUUGUGAGAGAUGGACUGGUGAAGAAAACACUGGCACUCAAGGGUGGACACUACGAUUUUGUUAACGGAACCUUUGAGCUGUGGGGACUUGAGUUCGGCCUUUCUCCUCCUACCUCUGCUUGAUUGAGUUACACUUUGUUUGUAUAUCAUCAUUACCCUGACCCCCUCCCAACUCCUUUGUUCCACCCAAAUUUCACCUACUAUCUCUACAUGUAUUUCCCCUAAUAAAAAGUGAAUUGCGUGACUUCUUAUAUAAUAAAUCAAGUCGUUACUAUA